CUCACUUAUGUCCAGAAAGCAGAUUUAAUGUUCACUAGGAAAUCAUUGCCAGAUUGUCUGUUUAUGUGAGCGAGUGCCGGGGGCAGCCUAGCAGAGAGACAGCUGUCAGGAAGAGAAGAAUAUCUAAAGCUGAGAAUCUGCCUUUGUGUGAACACCAUGUCUCAACCUACACAGGAAGAUGAACAAACACAGCGUCCUGCGGUGAGAGAAGAGGACCUUACUGAAGCAAAGAACAAACUGGGUGGGAGUGGGUCCGUGAAGGGCAAGACUUUUGAAGUAAUGGAGGAGUGUGAAAAAAAGGGUAAAGCUGCACCCUCUGUGUUCAGUGGAGCGAGAUCUGGGGCAGAGACUGCUUUCAACACCCGCUCGCCUCGAGAGCCCAGGAAGUAAAAGAGAAACAUCCUCAGCACGGAUGAUCGCCGCCUCUUCCAUGUGAAUUGCAUGCGACCAAUUGUUUUCUCUGCCUGUGUAUUGUGGCCGAAAACAUUAUUUUAUUGUUGUUUCAUAUCAUGCAACUAUUACCAGCAGAGGUAUGUUUAAUAAAGCUUUGAGUUAAGUAAAA